AUGAAUUGCAACUUGAUCCGCUCACUCUGCCUGACCCUCGCCGUAGUUCUCGCUGUUCCGGCCCUGGCCGAAGACAAGCCAGGCACGCAGCAACCAGCCAAGCUCGACAAGCAAGUGCCGGUGAAGCUCGACUACUUGCUUUACUUGCCUGAAGACUACGACCAACAGGAUGAAUGGCCGCUGGUGCUGUUUCUCCACGGGGCAGGCGAACGCGGGGACGACCUCGAUCUGGUCACAAAGCACGGCCCGCCGAAGCUGAUCAAGCGCGGGAAACAAUUCCCGUUCAUCGUCGUUUCACCGCAAUGCCCCAGAAACCGCUGGUGGGAUCCCUUCAAACUCACCGCUUUGCUCGACGAUGUAGUCGCCACACAUAAGGUAGAUCCCGAUCGCCUCUAUGUCACCGGCCUCAGCAUGGGUGGGUUCGGUUCCUGGGCGCUGGCCGCCGCCACGCCCGAUCGCUUCGCCGCGGUGGCUCCCAUUUGCGGUGGUGGCGAAUCGCAUUGGGCUCGACGGAUCAGCGACAUUCCGAUUUGGGUUUUCCACGGUGCGAAAGAUCCGGUCGUCUCCAUCGACCGCUCGCAGGUGAUGGUCGACGCCCUCAAGCAACGCGGUAGCAAGGUCAAGUUCACCGUCUACCCCGACGCCGGGCACGACUCGUGGACCGAAACCUACGACAACCCUGAGUUCUACGAGUGGCUGCUCGAGCAGAAGCGUCCGUCGAAACACGUCUCGAGGGAUUCACUCAUGUCUGACUUGCAUGUUCACGAAGAUCUCGCCCGCAUGAUCACGGGCUACUGGUCUUCGCAGGCCAUCUACGCGGCGGCCAAACUUGGCAUUGCCGACCUGUUAAAAGAUGGCUCCCGCACGGUGGAAGAACUGGCGGCCGAAACCGACUCGGACGCCGAUGCCCUCUUCCGCCUCCUGCGGGCGCUGGCCAGUCUUGGCAUUUUCGCCGAAGACGCGCCGCGGCAGUUCAAGCAGACUCCCAUGUCCGCCCCCUUGCGCAGCGAUGUGCCGGGCUCACAACGAGCUCUGGCACUCAUGGCCGGCGACGCACAACACCUGGCCUGGGGCGAAAUCCUCUACAGCAUCAAGACCGGCAAGUCGGCCUACGAACACGUGCACGGCAAACCGCUGUUCAAGCAUCUAGAAGAACAACCCGAGCGGGCCGCCGUGUUCGAUGCUGCGAUGACUGCGAUUCACGGUCGCGAAACCCAGUGCAUUCUGGAAGCGUACGAUUUCUCUCAGGUGAACACUCUGGCCGACAUCGGCGGUGGUAACGGCUCGAAAAUCACGGCCAUUCUCCAGGCCUACCCUAAGAUGCAGGGCAUGCUGUUCGACCUCCCGCACGUCGUAGAACGGGCGAAAGAACGCAUCGACGAGGCAGGGCUCUCCGAUCGUUGCCAACUCGUCGGCGGGAGCUUCUUCGAGAGCGUCCCUGAAGGGGCCGACACCUAUCUCAUGCGGCACAUCAUCCACGACUGGGAUGACGAGCAGUCGAUCAUGAUCCUCCGCAAUUGCCACGCCGCCAUGCCCAGCAAUGGCAAACUGUUGUUGGUCGAAAGCGUGAUCCCUACCGGCAACGAACCCUUCGCCGGCAAGUUCCUCGACCUGGCCAUGCUGAUUGUACCCGGCGGAAAAGAACGCACCGCCGAAGAAUACCGCGCCCUCUACGACACCGCCGGCUUCGAACUCACCCGCAUCGUAGAAACCAGCCACGAAGUAAGCGUGAUCGAAGGUGUGCCGAAGUAA